AUGAUCUUUCGCCGUGAACAAAAGGCAUUUGCGCGUCCAACACCGGCGGAGAUUCGGACUGCAGCGCCAAUUCCGCUGCUCUUUUGUCUCAAGCUCAACCGACGGGCGAUCCGGUCGGACUGGGAUGUCCUGGUCGGCGCUCGUGAGCUGCAUUCGGUCUGCAGUGGCUCUGCCUCCAAAGUGACCGUGGGAUCUCGUGUCGUGUUGGCCGGUCUAGCUACAGCAACUGGAUUGGGCGCCCGAUCGAUCUGGUCCCGUGUUGGCUUUGACGGCGAUCGCGCGACACCUGCCCGUGCCAUCGCUUCGGGCCCCUGA